UCGUAUUUCACAUAACUUGUUCCUUCGCAACUUGCAAAUAUUUGUGUUUAACUUUGACUUUUCCCUGAAUUUUCAAAUAGUGUCACUUUCCAAACGGUGUAACAGCCUGACCGCGUGCACCCUUGUUCUCGCAAAUGCGGGAUUUGAAUAUUUGUGGCAAGAAAAAUAAACAUAGCACUUCGAAGCGGUUCAAGAGAGCGGCGCCGAGCUGGCGCCCACCUCCACACGCCUGCUGAUGACACAAUAAAUUGUGAUGCUGACACGAACAGGAUCCUACAGGAAACUUCGUCCUAGAGGACGGCGAAGGACGUUGUAGCAAACUAAUAACUAGUUCCAUAAGUGCAAGUGCCUAACCCGUUACAAUGGUGACCAAUCGUCGCAAUUUUAUCUUUAGAGUUAGUAUCGUUAUAAACAUCGCCGUAUUGCUCUAUGCGGCCAUGCAUUUGUCUGGCACUAGCGCGCCAGGGGUAGAAUGGGUGCCGAUUACUGUUGACGGUUCAGAAAGAGGAGCUGAUGUACGAUUCUUUCGAGAUGAAACGCGAAAUGAAACCGAAAUGAGAACGGCCGAGUCGAGCGUUAGGAGUUUUGAGGAGUCAACCUCACAGAAAACGCCGUCUACAAUUUCGACGACCAACAAAACUGCAUCGAGUACCGCGUCGAUUGCUGAUAUCGAGAAAAUAAUAUUGAAAGGACAAGAUAUAUCGUCAGACGCAGAUCUAGCGAUCGAAACUUUAUUAGAUAUCGUAGACGAGAACGCUUUAUCUGAUGCGACAUUGGCGCGCCUUCGGACGCUACUUUCUUGCAACGAUAAAGAUUUUCUUCCUGUCUACCAUCAACGUGGAGAAUUCUGGGUAUUGAAGAACUAUGUACGCGCAGACCAUGGCACUAUACUUUGUUAUGAAACUAUUACAUACACGACCCACGCUGGUUUCGAGUUCCUAGAUAAUGUUUUACCCUUGGUUGAAAGAUGGAUGGCCCCAGUAAGUUUAGCUAUACAUGCACCAGGUGCUGAUAUAAUGCCUACAGUUAAUAGCAUCAGGUACCUUCGGGACUGUUCCGGAAACGAUCUCAUACGCCAAUUCGUCACUUUCCAUGUCUUCUUCUCGAAUAAACAUAUACCAAGUGACAUUCCCGACCCAAACAUAUUUCUGACUACGUCAUAUAACUGCACAUUGCCGCCGCCCUUUUCGAAUGUCAAUGUUUCAACGACGUAUAAACAUCAAAAGGGAUUACUGUAUCCAGUCAAUGUCGCUCGGAACGUCGCCAGAGAGGCAGCAUUGACUCACUACGUACUGGCUUCUGACAUAGAAUUGUACCCUAGUCCUAACUUAGUUCCUCGAUUUUUAAACAUGAUUGCCAGAAAUGCCAAACCUUUGAAUACUUCCACUAAUCCCAAGAUAUUUCCAAUAAGCAUAUUCGAAGUUGACGCCAAAGUCCAAGUGCCAUCGACUAAAACAGAGCUCCAAGCCAUGCUGGCCAAUAAAUCAGCCAUUCCCUUCCACAAGUAUGUGUGUCCAGAUUGCCAUAAUAUACCUGAAGGUAACCAGUGGAUGAAAGCAGCAGAGACUUCCCAAAUGGAUAUAUUUCACGUCGGUAAAAGACAGGGAAAGUUUGUACAUUGGGAACCUAUAUUCAUAGGCACACACCAAGAUCCUGAUUACGAUGACCGACUUAGUUGGGAAGGCAAGAAGGAUAAGAUGACCCAGGGCUACAUCCUCUGCGUUAAAAAUUAUGACUUCAUGAUCUUGAAUAAUGCUUUCUUAACACACAAACCUGGCAUUAAACAUUACGUAAAGAAUGCCAAGAGGGACCAACUUGCGGGUAAACAAACCAGUUUUGUGAAUAAAGUUAUCAUGCCGGAAAUUAAAAAACUAUUCGGGACCAAGUCGGGUUGUGCUCUGUGACGAACAAAUUGGAAACAUUUGAUAAAACGGCAACGAAUUGGAUAAAAAUGGCGCAAAUAUUGUGAAUCUGUAAUAAGUUAAGGUAUUACUGAACAUAUACAUAUCAUGACCAUAAAUCAGAGAGUCAAAAUAAAUUAGAAGAGAAGGGAAAAUAUAAUAUAACCGAUCCACAAAAUAUAGGUACACUUGAUUUAUACGCCUUAGGAAUUAGAAAUUUACACCUUACAUUAGAAAAUUUAUAAAAGUGCAAAGAAUAGUUGUUUAUCAAUCUUCUUUAAGAUACGAACAGGUAUUUCAAUUACAUUAAUUUCGAACAAUGUUCAUUGAAAAAGACAAUAAGUACAUAUAAUUGCUUAUUUAUUAAACUCCUCAUUAUUUCAUCAGGACAAGUAAAAAAUCCAAAUCUCUAAAUCGAGACGUUAGUAGUGGUUGGAGGAAAAAACAUGAUUUUACAAAAAUAUCCCUGAUGUCCCAAGUACUUAUAGUCGCAAAUCAAUAAUGUGGAGUAGUCCGAUAAAAAUAUUAAUCAUAACUGUUAAUUAAGUCCUAUUUAUAACUAACGCAUUGUAGAUAGGUAUGCUAUUACAACAGCGUUUCGGAACUACAUCUAAUCCUUUUCCAUAUAACGCAAAUACUCGUAUUUUAAGUCAAAAUGAAGCAUUUAAGUGUUCAUUUAAUCAAUAAUAGGAAUGAUAUUGAUAAUGAAAGGUGUAAAUACGAGUGCUACCAUGUAUAACUAUUUACGAUUUUAUUCGAAAUUUGAAGUACUCAACGAUUAGUCCCAUUAAAAUAUGUUAACAUACUAGAAUAACAGCUCAAGAAAAUAUACCAAAUAUUGUAAAACUAACAUUGUUUGAUAAGAUUACAAAUCUUGUCAUAGUGGCCUUAUAAUGUGCACAUUUUUAUGUGAAAAAACUAAUAAUGUGUAACCAUAAAGAACAAAAUACUUUUUUUCCAAUUGGCCUAUUACUCAAUGUGACCAUUGAGAUAUUAUGGUUAGUACAUGGUACUUUAAUAGUUACAACGUACAUAUAUUUAAAAAAUAUACAAAAAAUAUGUCCAGAUACUAUUGCUAUAGUAAUGUCUGUAAGGCAAUAUUUUGAGAAAUAUUUUUUGUAAUGUAUGUAAACAUUUAAAAUUACUAUAGGAAAUAUAUCGUUUAUAAAACUUCUUAUUGUAUUUUAAUUAUAUAUGUGCAAUUGACUUAACGAAUGGCCUAAUCACAUAUCUUUUAAAACAAUUAACAUUUUGUAUUUAUAUUUAUAACUUUUUAUUUAAUUCCUUAUUCAAAUGUAAAUAUGUAUUUUAUAAAUGUAAAUUAAAUGGAUAUCCAUUUAAUGUAAGAAAGUACUUGAUGUUGUAAGUAGUUUUUUUUUAUUUCUUUUAUUACGUGAUAAGUAGUUUAUAAGUUUUAUAUUUUAGAUAAAUAUAUUACUGUACUAGUUUAUCAGAAGCUAGUUAUGGUCCCACACGGCAUUGUUCCAUAAAUGAGUUAUAAACUCAGCAAUGCUAUUUCCCACAACAGCAUUUCUUUUUGCAAAUACGGCUAUGUAUAACUUAUUCUAUAAUAUAAUGACUUAUAUUAUCACUGUCAGUGUAUAUUAGAUUUUUUUUUAUAAUUGACAUACUGAGGUAUGGUAUGCAAAAAAAUAUUGUAACAAUAGGCAUUACAAUAUUGUUGUAUUAUUUUCAAUUCAUUAAAACAAAUUACAUACGUCAUCGUGCAGUUUAUAU